CCAUCCUUGUGCUAGUAAUUUUCUGGUGUCAAGAAGCACUCCAUACCGCAGAAAUGCUGCGUUUUAUUUUUCUUUCUCUCGAUCACCUCCGCUGUCUAGUUUUGUGGGUAACCGUGAUUCGUCACCUGCCAAUCAUAUUCACUGCGCUCGCAGCCUCUAAAUAGGCAUCCUUUGCCGCCAUUUUUGUUUUGGGCCCUUCUUGAAAGCCGCGAGAUCCUGAGCGGAGGCCAUUUUUCUUUUGGGCAGAUUCGUCGCGGUUUCCAGGCUCCUCGCGGUAUUUGGCCGCCAUCUUAAGUCCUGGUUGGGGCUUCAAGCCGACAGAGAGGCUGCCCAGAUCAUCUUGUGUUUGGGCGGCUGCCGCGUUUCCCAGUGCGCGGGAGACGCUGGGAAGGAGGAAGAGAGCCUAAGCGCGAAUCUGGAAAGCUUCUGAAGGUUGUGUUGAGAGCCUGCUGUCUCUGUAGUCUUGAGUUCCCACAGCCAGGUGCUGCUCCAUCAGUGACCCUGGACAGUAGCAAAACCAAUAAAAGCCCGAACCCAAACCCCGCUACCAUCGUAGAGUGACCACUUUUACUGUCCCACCAGCAUUGUAUGAGAGAUCCGUUUUCUCUGCAUCCACACUAACAUGUGAUGUUAUCGCUAUUUUUUAUUUGCCAUUCUGGUCUGUAAUUACUCUGGAAUCAAUAAGCCAUGGCAUCAAAGAAGUUUGCUAUCAAAUGUGGGGAUUUUGCUGUCCUGGUGGAUCUUCACAUAUUGCCGCAAGGUUCAAACAAAGAUACCAGCUGGUUUUCUGAACAGAAGAAAGAGGAAGUCUGUCUACUGUUAAAAGAAACCAUUGAUUCAAGAGUUAAGGAGUACUUGGAGGUUCGUAAACAGCACAGGCCGUCUAAUACAGAAUUCACAAGAUCCAGUCCCUUGUCCUUAAAAGAUGAAGGGACUGAGCCACUUCAGGGACUAGAGACCAUCCCAGGUGCUAUGGCCCAGCCUCCUGGAAGAGCUGAUUGUAGUGUUCUCCCCUUCCUCUCAAGGUAUGGCUUUCAAAUCACAGCCUAUUUCCUCAAGAGAGGGAUACGCCUUCGCUGCUUCGGAGGCUCAGAGAAUGCUGAACUACGUGUAUUUCCUGACAGAUUUGUUGUCUGUGUAAGUCAGCUUGCAUACAAUUGUGAUCUUUUGGCAAAUCAGAAUGAAGAAUUGACGGAACGAGCUCUCCACGGAGCGUCUGAUUAUUUUGCUGAGUGUGUGGAGAGUCCACUUCCUCCCAGCGCAAAGCUCAAGAGAAACGCUCUGAAAGAAAUUGUGAAAAGAACUGAAACAAAAAGCAGCGUCAUGAGCAAAUCACGGAGUAGCAGGGACUUCGUGGGAAUGGCUAGUGACUCAGUGAUUGCAGAGAUAGCAAGGAGGAGGGGUGACAGUCGGGCUUCUUCCAGUCCCCCGUCGGAGUCCACGGGACAAGCAAAGGAUUACAUAAAGGCAGCUGAGAGCCACUGGGGUCUUCCUAUUCAAAAGCUGGAAAGUGUUCAUCAGACCCAGCCAGAAGACACUAGCAGCCAGCAAAAACCUCAUCCUGGGGAGCGGUCAGAGACAGGCCUCCUAAGCAGGAGCCCUGCCUGUAGCUGUGAGUCAGCAUCACCAGGUCCAAGACAGAGUCCACGAGGGGCCGGCACACAGCAGAAACGUAGGAACUGCAGCUCUCCGGAAGACUUCAACCACCACAAGAGAGUUGCUCUUGCAAGUGAUCGAUUAGUCUCAAGAGAAAUAAUAGUGGAGAGAGGCAAAGCUGUCAGGGUCUUGCCAACUUUAGAGCUGUCAGAUCCAGGGUUACUUCUGAAACAAGAUCUGGCAAAACCCACAUCUAACGAAGAGUUGCAUGUUUUGGAAAAUCUCUCCUCCAGACAUUUUAUGAAAAAUAAACCAGAGCAGGCACAGCAAACCGGCUCAGCCACAAGCACUGGAAGGUUACCUACAGUUCAGGGCAGCCCAACCAAGAAAACAAAGAAACGAAAGAGGCCUCUAACUUACUAAAGAGGAUUGCAGAAUUGUAGUUGAGGAGAUAGUGGCCAAACUUGUGAAAAAUGAGCAGUGUGUAUAGAUGCUGUGAUUUUAAAGGAAUUAGGAUGAUCAUUUUAAAUAGAAAAUAUAUAUCCACGUUAGGGUUAGCUUUCAAAGCAGUCACCUCCAGGAGCCAAAUGCUUGUCCUAACAACAUUGCUACUUUCUUGUCAUAUUUUAUAACUGUCUUCAGAAAAUUAUGUUAGUGAUAAACAGCCAUCCGCCUUGUCAGGGAUGACAGCAUUCCUGCAAGAACUACAUGACGAAACCAUUCAUAUGCCUCCUUGGCACAUCACUGUACAGACCAUGCGAUGACCUCAUAGAGACAGUGUCACAGUGCUGCUGUUCAGUUCUGGGGGUACAAUUUAUCCCCCUACUCUUCAGCCUGAGUAGCACAGCAGUGAAGGAAUAGGCUAAUGGGUCUCACCAUCUGGUCCUGGCACCAGCUUCGUUGUCUGAAAACGUGUUAGAAAUGCAGAUCUGGAGCCCCACCCCAGGCCUACUGAACGAGAAGCUGUGGGUGAUUCCCGAAACAUGCUCAAGUUCGAGAACCACUAGACUGAUUAGAGACUCCCUAGUGUUUAUUUCCUCUAGCCUGGCUACCAUGGGCAGCCUCCAGCUCAUCAGCUGGGGCCCACGUGUGGACAUGCACACCAUCAUGCUCCCUCAAACUUGUAAAGCACCUGGGUUCAGUGUAUGAGUCACUGUGUUCCCAGGUUCUUAAGUAUGGCAGCCACAGCACUUAGAGAGCUGUUACUUACCCUAAGAAUUGCGGGACAUUUACAUAUAAUUCAGCCCAGCGUCAGGGGAAGACAUAGAAGAGGCUUGUUCUUGCUUGUAGCUCAGGCAUAUUCCUGCCCUUUUCCCCACCU